AUGUCGACAGAGGGGAAGACAAAGCUCGCGGCGACACUGAAAUCAAAGGGCAAUAGCGCUUACCAAAGUCGCAAGUUCGCCGUAGCUGCCGACUACUACACGCGCGCCAUUGCCGUCUCCCCCAAACCCGAACCCGUCUUCUACAGCAACCGCGCAGCAUGCUACGUCAACAUGAGCCCGCCAAAGUACGAGCAGGUCGUCGCGGACUGCGACGAGGCACUGAAGCUCGACGCGUCUUACGUGAAGGCGCUGAACCGGCGCGCGAUGGCGCUGGAGGCCCUCGACCGGCUGGAGGAGUCCCUGCGCGACUUUACGGCGGCGACGAUCCUGGACAAGUUCCAGAACGAGUCGUCAGCGCAGUCGGUGGAGCGCGUGCUGAAGAAGCUGUCGACACGGAAGGCGGCGGAGAUCCUGGCGAACAGGGAGAAGCGGCUCCCGUCCCAUACGUUCGUGACCGCGUACUUUGCGGCGUUCCGGCCAAGACCGCUUCCCGAGCUGCCUGAGAACCCCAGUCAGGGUGACGAGACGCUCAUCAAGGCCCUGCAGGCCUUGGAGGCCGCGGACUAUCCUCAUGCCAUGUCCCUAACGAAUGAGGCGCUCGAGCAGGGUGUCUCGUUCGACGCCGGGAAGGCAGAGGCGCUGAACCUCAGGGGAACUUUCAAGUUUCUAGUGGGCGAUAUCCAGGGCGCAAAGGAAGACCUGCUCGCGUCCGUGGAGCUCGUGCCGGCGUUUACGCAGAGUUUGGUAAAGCUUGCAAGCGUGUAUAUGGAGCAAGGUGAUCCUCCGAAGGCGUUCGAGGCGUUUGAGGAGGCCAUCAAGUUCAACCCCAAGGACCCCGAUAUCUUCUACCACCGUGGCCAAGUUUUGUUCAUUAUGAACGAGUUCGCCAGGGCCGCUGACGAUUAUACAAAGUCGACGGAGCUCGAUCCCAACUUUGUCUUCAGCCACAUCCAGCUCGCGGUCGCACAGUAUAAGUCGGGUCAGCUAUCGAGCAGCAUGGCAACAUUCAGACGGACACUGAAGGCGUUCCCGCAAAGGAGCGAACCGCAGAACUACUACGGCGAGCUUCUGUUGGAUCAGCAGCGGUUCCAGGAUGCGGUCGAGAAGUUCGACCGUGCCAUCGAGCUCGAGAAGGCCAAACCUCCUCCCAUGAACGUUCUUCCUUUGGUCAACAAGGGCCUUGCCUUGUACCAGUGGAAGCAGGACAUCGUCGCUGCUGAGAAAUGCUGUGACGAGGCUCUCGAGAUCGACCCCGAAUGCGAGGCCGCCGUUGCCACGCUCGCGCAAUUAAGUUUGCAGCAGGGCAAGAUCGACCGCGCUGUCCAGAUGUUUGAGCGACAGUCUGAGCUGGCGAGGAGUGAGCCGGAGCUUGCGAACGCCUUGACGUAUCAAUAUGCAUCAUGGGCACAGCUGGACUUCAUGAAAAACUAUCCCCAGAUGGCGGAGUCCCUAGGACAGAUGGCUCGGAAUCUUGUCUAG